AUGUCGCCUGAGCCUCGCGACAGGGAUGAGGGCAAGGAGGAGGGCACUGGUGGGAAACUGAGAGCACAGCAUGCAGAAGCCUUCAGAUUACUAACCCUCGAGGUCUUACAGCUUUACAGAUUUGGCAAUCAGAUGAUUCAAGUCGAUGAAAUUGGUAAUUUGGAGCAUGUCCAUGUGUCCAUUGGCAUGUCUUCCCACGUGGUGGUUGUUAAUACAUGUACUACACGAAAAGGUCAUGGUGUCAUUGCUGCAUUUGAGUUGCCCGAUCAGUUAUUCAUGGUGGACAAUGGAGCAGAUGACUGGAGAAUAGCCAUGACUUAUGAGCGUAUUUUCUUUAUCUGCUUGGAAAUACUUGUAUGUGCUAUACAUCCCAUACCUGGGAACUAUACAUUCACAUGGACAGCCCGUCUUGCCUUUUCUUACACUCCAUCCACAACAACAGCUGAUGUGGAUAUUAUUUUAUCUAUACCAAUGUUCUUAAGGCUGUAUCUUAUUGCCAGAGUUAUGCUUUUGCAUAGCAAACUUUUCACUGAUGCAUCAUCUAGAAGCAUUGGAGCGUUAAACAAGAUAAACUUCAAUACCCGUUUUGUUAUGAAGACUUUAAUGACAAUAUGUCCAGGAACUGUACUGUUGGUUUUUAGUAUCUCAUUAUGGAUAAUUGCUGCAUGGACUGUCCGAGCUUGUGAAAGGUACCAUGAUCAACAGGAUGUUACAAGCAACUUCCUUGGAGCAAUGUGGUUGAUUUCAAUAACAUUUCUAUCCAUUGGAUAUGGUGACAUGGUACCUAAUACAUACUGUGGGAAAGGGGUCUGUUUACUCACUGGAAUCAUGGGUGCUGGGUGUACUGCACUGGUGGUAGCUGUGGUUGCAAGGAAGUUAGAACUUACCAAAGCUGAAAAACAUGUACAUAAUUUCAUGAUGGACACCCAACUAACUAAAAGAGUGAAAAAUGCAGCAGCCAAUGUACUCAGGGAAACAUGGUUAAUUUAUAAAAGUACAAAGCUGGUUAAAAAGGUAGACCAUGCGAAAAUAAGGAAACAUCAACGAAAAUUCUUGCAAGCUAUUCAUCAAGCUCGGAAAUUAAGAAGUGUAAAAAUGGAACAAAGGAAACUGAAUGAUCAAGCCAACACUUUGGUGGACCUGGCAAAGACUCAAAACAUCAUGUAUGACAUGAUUUCUGACUUAAAUGAAAGAAGUGAAGAUUUUGAGAAGAGAAUUGUUACUCUGGAGACUAAACUGGAAGCUUUAAUUGGUAGCAUUCAAGCUCUCCCUGGACUGAUUAGCCAGACAAUCAGUCAACAACAGAAGGAUCUCCUUGAGACUCAAAUACAAAAUUAUAAACAUGUUGCCUACAGUGCUGAGCAAUCAUGGUCUUUGUCAAAAAGGAGGAGAUCCUCCUCCACAGCACCACCAACUUCAUCAGAGAGUAGCUAG